CAUCACCUCAAUAGUUCAAAAUACUCUUUGUUCAAAUUUAAAUCCAUGUUCUUCUAAGAGCCGGCAUGCUUGUCAGAUUCAUGCACAUUUGAUCCUCUUCAUUCCCGAGGUGAUGAACUCGAGCUGCUCUUAUCCUUCAAAUCUUCAAUCAAUGAUCCGUUGGGCUUCCUCUUCAACUGGAAUUCCUCUACCCCAUUAUGCCUGUGGGAUGGAAUCACUUGCAACAAUUUUUCUAAGGUUAAGGUGCAUUUGGCAAAAUGAAGAGCUUGAAGUGGAUUUACUUUGGCCAUAGCCACCUUUCUGGAGAAAUUCCACAAGAAAUUGUUCAUUUGGUUUCUAUGGAUCAUCUUGAUCUUGGCUCCAACAAUCUCAGUGGAGAAAUUACAUCCUCAUUUGGAAACCUCAGCAAUCUUCGACACCUCUUCCUUUUCAACAACAAGCUUACAGGUUUGCUUCCUAGAUCCAUUUUUGGCCUCAAAAAGCUUGUUGAACUUGAUCUUAGUUAUAAUCAUUUAUUUGGAGAGAUCUCAGAACACUUAAAUGAGUUGCAGAGCUUGGAGACUCUUCAUCUUUUCAACAACCACUUUACCGAUAAAAUUCCAAAUGCUCUAGCAUCUUUGCCUCGUCUUCAACAAGUUGAUCUUUCAUCAAACAACUUGACCAGAGAUUUUCCUUCUUUGAUCUACAAUAUAAGUUCCAUCGAAGUUCUAGACUUAGCUUACAACAACUUAAGCGGAAUCAUUCCACCAUGUUUGGGAAACUUCAGCAAAAGUGUUUCAGUUUUAGAUUUGCGAAUGAAUCAUUUUCAUGGAACAAUCCUUGAAACUUUUGGUGAAGAUUGUGGGUUGAGGAAUGUCAACUUCAAUGGCAACAAAUUAAAAGGUUCUUUACCAUAAUGCUUGGCCAAUUGUAGAACCUGGAAAUGAUGGAUAUUGGCAACAACAAGAUAAAUGGUACAUUCCCCUAUUGGUUAAAUACUCUGUCAGAAUUACACGUUCUUGUUUUACGAUCAAACAAAUUGCAUGGUGUCUUACAAAGUUCCAAGACCAUCCAUUCCUUUCCUAAGUUACAGAUUCUUGACCUCGCUAACAAUGAAUUCACUGAUCCUUUGCCCAAAGAUAUAAUAAAAAACAUGAAGGCCAUGAUGAAUCUUGAUGA